CAAGGAAGCUUCGCAUCACACCACAAAACACUUAGAAUCUUUCAGUCCCUCUUCACUCCACCAUCACCCGUUCUGCAAGAUAAUGGCCUUCACGAGCUCUCCGAAACCCAAGAGCAAUGCGUCCAAGCUCAAGCGCGUUAGGGAUGCCGCGCUCGCGUCCCUAGGGAACCUCAUCAAGCUCCUCCCGACGGGGACGGUCUUCCUGUUCCAGUUCCUCAACCCCGUCCUGACCAACAAUGGCGAUUGCGAGGACCUCAAUGAGCUGCUCAGCCGCCUCUUCAUCUAUGGGUGCGGCCUCUCGUGCGCCUUCUCUUGCUUCACCGACAGCUACACCGGGUCCGACGGUCUGGUUCACUACGGCAUGGCCACAUGUACAGGGCUGUGGCCAUCGUCGGCUUCUGAAUUGAUCGACUUGUCCAACUACAAGCUCCGGGUCGGCGACUUUGUGCACGCUUUGAUCUCGACCAUGGUUUUCAUGGUGUCGACCAUGCUGGACCGGACCUCCAUUAAGUGCUUCUACUCGUCAUCGUUUGAGAAGGAGCAUGAGGUGUUGCUCAAAGUUCUGCCUCCGUUGAUCGGCGCGAUUUCUAGCGCGGUUUUCGCGGUAUUCCCUAGCAAGAGGCAUGGGAUUGGGUAUCCUUUUUCUAGUUACGAGUCCGAUGAUGAAGUUGCUUCCAAGGAGGUGGAAUGAUUUGAAGGGGAAAAAGAAGAAGAAGGAAGCUUUCAUAUGUUAUGUGCUGGUUUGUGUAGUUGUUCCUUGGAAAUGUGUGUGCUUGUGGUGUCUAGGAUUUGCUUUGUGUGGUUGUUACUUUCUUGCUCUUAUUGUUUUUCAUAAUAAAAAUGUCGGUUAUGUGAAGAGUUGCAUGACAAGAGUCUCGCAUUUAUCAUUGUUUAGUUUAUGUUACACCGUAUUAGCUUGAUAAGCGGACUUGUAAGCCUCGCGGGUUAUGUCGGGGAGAUUGCCCAAUCAGUUUAUAAUCUAUUGUACGGAUAUCAAUUCAAUCCUAAAUUUUUCAA